UUGUCGCACAGUGAUGGGCGCAGCGUCGUCAAGGUUGCGUGUGCGCUGGCAGCGGGCAGUGAGCGUGUGAAAUCUCAGCGGGCGAGUUUUUUUGUGCAGCAUGUUGCCGUACCAGGCGGUGGCGAUGGACUACGCCGUCACGUCGUCCUUUCAGCGGCAGCCGGGUUCUGGUGCGCUCAUCAACCCGGCCUUCACGCACUCCUGGUUCGUACCGGCGGACUAUGUCCCCUGCAAACAGAAACAGUCGAACAUCCUCGAACCAGGUAUCUUGGAGGUGCGGAAGGAGAAGAGUCGAGAUGCAGCUCGCAUCCGGCGCGGCAAGGAGAACUUCGAGUUCUACGAGCUGGCCAAGAUGCUGCCCCUGCCCGCCGCCAUUACGUCGCAGCUGGACAAGGCGUCCAUCAUCCGGCUGACCAUUUCCUACCUCAAGCUGCGCGACUUCUCGGGCCACGGCGACCCGCCAUGGAGUCGCGACGGCCCGCCGCCGAAUAAAAGCGUUAAGGGCCCUGUCCGGCCGCGUUCUGUUGCUGGAAUAGCGAUGGAAAUGUUCGAGCAGCACCAAGGAACCCAUAUUCUGCAAUCGCUGGACGGAUUCGCCUUCGCCCUGGCUGCAGACGCGCGGUUUCUGUACAUUUCGGAGACCGUCUCCAUCUACCUGGGGCUCUCACAGGUGGAGAUGACGGGCAGCAGCAUCUUCGAGUACAUCCACCAGCAGGACCACGCAGAGCUGGCCGAGCAGCUGGGUCUGGGGCUGGCGCAAGGGCAGUCGCUCGCCUCGCCCGGCAGCGCGGGCUCCGAGGAGGGCGCGCCCCAGGGCACCAACAACCCCGACGUGGCGACGCAGAUGAGCUUGAGUAGCAGCUCGGCGUACAAGGGGCUGGACCGAGCCUUCUGCGUACGGAUGAAGUCCACGCUAACGAAGCGGGGCUGCCACUUCAAGUCUUCGGGAUACCGGGUGGUGCUGGUGCUGAGCCGGCUGCGGCCGCAGUACACGUUCUCGCACGCGCGCAAGUCGUCGCCGCCGCUGCUGGGCAUGGUGGCCAUCGCCAUGGCGCUGCCGCCGCCCAGCGUCCACGAGAUCCGCCUCGAGUCCGACAUGUUCGUCACACGUAUCAACUUCGACUUCCGGAUAGCGCACUGCGAACCUAGGGUAUCAGAAUUACUCGACUACACGGCCGACGAACUGACAGGCAAGAACCUCUACACAUUGUGCCACGGGGAAGACGCCAACAAGCUGAGGAAAUCCCACCUCGACUUGAUCAACAAGGGGCAGGUGAUGACGCAGUAUUACAGGUUAAUGAACAAGAGCGGAGGCUAUACGUGGGUGCAGACGUGCGCCACCGUCGUCUGCAACUCGAAGAACGCAGACGAGCAGAACAUCAUCUGCGUCAACUACAUUAUCAGCGGACGCGAGUACGAGAACGUGGUGAUGGACUGCUGCCAGAUGGACGACGCCGUGCCGCAGACAGUCAAGAGAGAGGACAACGACCCCGAGAACCCCUCUCCCGACGCCGACAGGCCCGGCGGUCGCAGCAGCGGCGCGGGCGCGGCCAGCCAGCAGCAGCCGCCGCAGCAGCCGCAGCCGGAGCCCCACCGGUCGCCGCCGGACCUGGAGGAGGGCUCUUCGCAGGGCGCGGCCGGCGCCGGCGCGGGCGCUGGCGCGGGGGAGCCGCACGGCAGACGGCUCGCCGCCCCCGCCCCCGGCCCAUCGCAGCUCGGCGGCGGGCUGAGCAUCCGCGCGCUCAAGAAGCUGGCGGCGACGCGCGGACGCCCGCACAAGCGCAAGCUGCUCUCUGACGAGGACAGCAGCUGCUGCAGCUCCGACGAAGACGACGAGGACGACGAGGACUCGUCGUCGGCGGCGGCGGCGGCGGCUGCGGCGGCGGCGUCGGUGGCGGCGUCGGCGGCGGCGGCGGUGGCGAUGGCGGCGGCGGCGGCCAAGCGAGCGGCCGUGCUCAGCCCCGCGUCCUCGUCGUGCCACUCGUCGUCGGCGGCGGCCGCGCUGCCCUCCGACCACAGCCCCAAGCCCGACGACCCCGACGGCCAGCCCGGGCCCCCAGGUGGUGGCGGAGCAGGGGGCGGCGGUACGUCGGUGAAAGACCUGGAGCACGCCAUGUCGAAGCACCUCCCGGCGGCCACACCACCACAACAGCAGCAGCAGCAGCCAACGGACUUCAGCACGGACGCGCUUCUGAAGCAGCAACAGCAACAGCAGCAGCAGCAGCAGCGGAGUACGAUCCAGUGGAUCGGCGCGCAUCACCUGGGGGCGCACGGCGCGCACCAGGCGACGGCGGCCGGCCCGCUGCCCGCGUCGGCGCUGCUGCGCCAGCUGUACGCCAACCGCGAGAGCGUCAUCCGCGCCAACGUGCACGCUGCCGCCGCCGCGCGCGGAUCCUCCGCCUACUACACCGCCGACCAGGUGGGCCCCCUGCCGACGCCGCCGGGCAGCGACGGCAGCUCGUACGCGGCGGCCGCGGCGGCGGCGGCUGCCGCCGCCUCGAGCGCCGCCGCCGCCACUGCCUACGACUACCACUCGGCCAUGACUCCGCCCUCGUCCGUGUCGCCGCGCGACAAGCACCAGCAGCAGCUCUUCGACGGUUACCAGUACGAGCUGCCCGCUCAGCCGCUCCCUCUUAAGCCGCAGGUGUACUCUGCUGUACAUCCAUCAGCCCUAGAUGCUGCAUACUCAUCGCUAGAUCAGGCACAAUUCUAUCACCACCAUGGGGCAGCACAAGCAUUUCAUCUCUACCAUCCAGCAGCUAAUAAGACAGUGACAGCCACAGCAACUGUCUACCCAGAAGCACUGAAGAACUCUGCCAACUGGUAUUCCACCACUUCCUAGUACAGCCAACGCAGCCCUUCAGAAUAUUUGUACUUAAUGUCAACACAUGUAAUAUAACAUACAGUUCAUUUUUCAGUGUAAGAUAUUACAGAGUGUGUCUAGUGAGCACAUUUGGGUGAGAAGAAACUGCAGGCCAAAGUAAACUUUCUGCUCUGUUUUCUGAGACUAUAGUGAAAAUUCAGUCUGUCCGAUUAUUUAACAGAGCUUGGAACUGAAGUGAUAAGCAUUCCAAGUGUACAGGAAGCUUUCUUUUACAUAUUUCCUUCAUAUGUAGGUCAUACAGUUUGCAGAAGAAAUAUUUGUAACUGCAGGUGUGUCACUGCAGCAUGGAUGAAUGCAGAUACUUUUACAGACAAAGCUAAAAUACAGUCUGAGAUUGUUCUGCCUUACAGAUGAUGGAGAGGUAUGAUUCAGCCCCAUUGGAUCCAAAUGGAGGGCUAAAAAGUCAAUGACAAGGAGUAUUCUUAGCUCAAGCAUAAUAAUACUCUACAAUUUCUUGUGUCUGGGUAAGAACACUAUCAAAGAUUCACAAUUAACUGCUUCACACACUGAAAAAAUUGUGAUUGGCACUCAGUUGUAUUCUACUAGAUUCAGUGUUAAUGUUUAAGCAGUUACAGCUUCAACAACAGCAGCAUUAGUUACAUGAAGAAAGAAGACUCCAUUUCUUCAGAACUGUGUUUUAAUGACAUCCUGUGCCACAUUGCACCUGUGACUCACAAUGUAUAUUUUCUCAGUCGAAGAAUUUUGCUAUUAAUUAUAUGUAAUUGUGUCCAGUUAGGCCUAUUCUUUCUUGUAGUUUCCUUGUCUCCAUAUUUAUUAAGUAAUACAGCUAUUAGCAAGAAUUGUUGAAUGUUGACAUUUUCUGCUAUUAAAGUUUCAUGUGUUAAAUUGUAUUAGGAUAUGUUUUGCAUAUCUUCUUAUGCAGAAUAAUUGGAACCAACAUUUCCAAUUUUUCAGUGUAAGUGAACAAAUGUUAAAAGUCAGUUUUUUGUGCAUGGUUGUGUUUAUAAUUUUUCUGCACUACUGUUCAUUCAUAUAUGGAAAUAAUUCUGAAAUGUUAUUAGAAUGAAAGUAAUGAAGUGUGUGUAUGAUGGUAUAUAAAAAUGUAACAUAUAAAUAUGUGUGUUUACGUGUUUCAAAUGUGAUUGAAGUUAAUGUGAUGGUUACUGAUAAGAGAUAUAGUUCUGAAAUUUUUCAGAAUGAGAAUUAUGUGACAGUGUAUUUACGAUCAGAUUUUUACUGUAAGUAAUGGACACUUUUCAAUAGGUAUUUUUGCCUAGCAUUAUAACUAAAUGAUGCAUAAACCAAAGUUAGAAGUGCUAUUUUGAAGGAGGGCUGCUUCAGUUUUUGUGCCAUUGACCUGUGCAAUAGUCUGUGGUGAUGAAGUUAAAACAGAAACUUCAGCUGGUUCAUAAAAGCUGUGAAAAUCAGAAUUGAGAACAUUGGCAUCAUGAGUAUACACACAUUUCUGCAUUUGGUAGCCAUCAGCUUUAGCUCUACAUUUGAGCUUGUGACAGAAAUGAAAAUUCUGAGACCAUGGCAAAUUUCAAAUUUCAUUUAUAUUGCAAGCCAAAGGGAACUCAGAGCAAUAAAAACUUUCAAAGAAACAACUCUACUACUGAGAAAGUUUUUGAUACAACUAUAGAAAGAAACAUAACACUGGCAAUUGGCAUGUAUGAUAUGUAUUAGUCUAGGUUGCAUAUUGCUGUGAAAACCAGGAGCACAUUCGAUGUUCAUGAAUGUUUUCUGUCCCUCAAAAAUAAAUUUUGUUUAGAUAUUGUAUGCAAAAAUACAUAAUUCAAAAGUAAGCAAUAAGGUUUUUUUUUUCAACAAAAAGGUUCUCUGUGCAAUCUAAAGUAAAUUGUUUUGCGUCAAGUACUAACUUUUUGUAAGCCCAAACAGCUCAGUUUCCUGCAUUACACAUUCUCUGACACUACUUAUUGAAUUGAUAUAAAUACACUUAUGAUUCCACAAUUUGUUUUUAUGGAUUCAUACUUUUAAGUCAAGAAAAUCAAUAUCUUUUCUGCAAUAGAUGCUGUCUUGGAAGUUAAGUUUUGCAGUGCUUAGAUAGCUGACAAUCAUUUCAGAUGCAGUCCCUAAUCAAAGUGUUCACUUAAUCACACUGGGCCAUUUACUUAAUAUGUAACCAUACUAUGUAUGAAACACACCAAGUUGAAAUAGCAAACUGGACCACAAUUUAAAAUUAAGUGCUGAUGUCUGAAAUUACCAUAAACCCCCUUCCAAUUUCUGUUAAACUUAAUAAUGAAACUACUUAACUCCUUAAUCAACAUGUAGCAUUCACUGAAGAAUAAAAGUAUGCAAAUGUGGUUCACUAAUUUUAUCACUUACAUAAGAACUCAAUGUGGAACUAUGAAGCAGGCAAAUUCAGCAAAAUAAUUCUUGUCUUCUAACUGACAACAACAGAUAGAAUCAUAUAUAAACCCUUGCAUAGCUCACACAAGUUCCUUUCACAUUCACUUUGGUGCAUAUAAACCAUAGUAUUUCCAUGGCAAUGAGUGUGGGUUGUUUACUUAUUUACUUCUGUAUGAUCUCUAAUUUCUUUUUAUUUAUUUAUGCCAGUUUUCUUGCAGAGACACUUUGCUGCUUCAGUGCAAACAAAUUUAAUUUCUAGAAGAUGAAGAAAACUAAUAGUAAAUGUGCAAAGCUGCUGAGAGUCUGAAAUUUGUUUAUUUUUGUGUUAUUGUGAACCAUUUGUUGUACACAGGCAAUUUUAUUUUAUGCAGUACAUUUUAUUACAUAAUCACAUGUUGCUGAUAGCAAAUUUGAGGAUUAAUUCUUUCAUACAACACAAAAUUCUAUGACAACUUAUGUAUGAUGUAUAGAAGUUAAAUAAAUUCAGCAGGUGUAGGACUUUAAAAUUUUUUCAAGAUACAUAUUAACAAUAAUAUGUUUUUAAAGAAAAUUAUUUGUGUAUCUCAGAAUGUACCAUCAAAUUUUUGCCUCUCAGAUCUUUGCCUCUUCAAAAUUUAUAUUAAUUAGUUCACAUUAACAUUACAUAAAAAAGUUCUCCCAAAAGUUUGUACAAAAAGGUUUAUUUGACACAUAUAAAAUUGUGUCACGACUUGCAAUUUAUUGUGUGUGUGGUUAACCAAUAUAUAUGUACAAGUGCUAUUUAUUUGUGAGGCUCAAGCAUUUCUGAGUCUUCAAAUAUUCUAUUUUGAAUAUAGAAGGGGAUACAUUUCACUGUACAAGUAGGCUCAAGUUUCCACAUGCAAUUUAAAAAAGCUUUGUGUUUCACAUUCUUCAUUAUCAGUGAUUCAUUGUGAAUAUAGGAAGUCAUCACUGGUUGCACUGUACCAUUCUAACGCUAAAUGACAUGUGCUGUAGUUCACUUUUUAAGGACAAUUGAAAACUUAUAUAUAGUAGGGCAUAAUACAAAAUUACAAACUAACAUUUUCUUAAAAGCAAAGAAGAGUAGAUCGAACUAGAUUCUAUUUGCUAUAUUAAGUAUAAGAUAAAUAAGAGUAAGGUACAUGAGAAAACACGGUCAAAAAUGUAUUAGCUAUCUAUAAAACAAUUUUUCAGAAUUCACCAUGAAAUUUUCACUGAGGGAUUUUUUGUCUUGUCAAUUGACAGAGAAAAAUUUUUAUCACAGCAAAAAUGCAACGUACACUACACUUUUAUUUUUGCUUAUGUAUGUUUUAUGAUGUGAAAUAUCAAUAACAUAAUUCUCAAAUUAAAUUGGACAUCAAACACAAAUUAUGAUUAUCGAUACCCGUUACAGGGAGAGUUAAUUCUCUCUACAAUUUUUUUCAUUCACACAUACAUGGUUGCAAAACAGAACUACUUGUUCCAAAAUGUGAAGCUGUAGUAGAUAAAUAUCUUCCCACUCACAAAUUUCCCUAAAAACAAACCAGACAGUUUAUUUGAUGGCUACUGCAUACUCCUGAUAUCAUUAUCUCUCAAAAUAUUUCUGUAGCAAUUAAAGACUUCACAGCUGCCCUUCUUGAUGCAUCUCCCAAAGAAUUUGUGUACACACAGGGUGUGUCCAUCAGCUGCAACAAGAAAAAUCUUUUCGUUGAAUGUAAUGUAAUUUUUAUGUAAUCUGCAUGAUGAUGGAAACAAAAGGUAUUUGUUUCAGUACAUGUUGAUUCAUAUAUAAUUUGUGCUUUCUGAAGCAGACAGAUCAUGCUGUCCAUUAUGUGUAAUUAUCUAAUGUGGACAAAUGAUAGCUGUUAAAUAUGUAUCCUGUUAGUUAUGAAACGUGAAGCAUUGUUCAGGAUACACAUUCAACUGUUGCAUUUAAUAUUUAUAUGAUUUCUGAAUUUUAUAUGUUAUAAAAGUAAAUUUUUUAAUGUAUUGUUAAAGAGUUAAGUUUUUUUCACAGUCAUUAAAUCAAAAUUCCUCCACUACAUGACUGAGAAUUCUCAUUUAAGACAUUAGAUAGCCUUUAUCACCCACUGGCAUGAUUCAUAAAUAGAAAAUAUAAGCUAUAAGCCUUAUGCAAAAUAGAUGAUGUUUAAAAUGUUACAACUCUGUCCUCUCAGAACUAUACAUUUUCUUCUUAGCUCUGUUACAUUUCUGAAUUUGAAAAAAAAAUUGAUAACUGUUCAUACUCAGAAAACACAUCUUUUUCAAUGAAAUACAACCUCUUCCUUUCCUAUGUGUAUAUUCCCUGUUUCAUGCUACAUCUCACAUGUUUAGUUAAACAAUGUGCAGUAACACUGAGGCACUCACACGAAUCAGCUCAAUGACAAAAAAGGUUUAAAUAAUUAAAAGUGAUCACUGGUAUUAAAAUAACAUUCCAUGUCAGUGGUUAAUUAUUGAAAAGAUACCCGCUGCACAGAUUGCAAUUAUAAUUAGACUGAUCAUAAAUCAGGCUUGUUCAUUUCUGCAAAAUUCAACAGCUGUUGAACUUCGUAUCCACUUUUUAUGACAGUUACAAUUUUAGUAUUUCAGACAGUAAUAAUUAAGCAUUUUAAACAUUUGUUAAUCUGUUGAAUAUGAUGAUUGUUCAUAACAUUAGGCGUUUCAUAUAAUGUGUUCAUUUAAGGUAAUGUUCUCUUUGUUGGAUGAACAAUAAAGUACAACUUAAAACUGAAUGGAAACAUUAUGGCCUUUAUUACUUUUAGGAAAUUGAAGUCAGAAUUUCAGCAUUCAGAGGGAUAAGGAUAUUGUGUCAAUAUUUAGCAAAAAUGUACAAAAUGACAUGGCAUAGUCAAACAGAAACUUCAAUACCAAAGCUUAAUAAUAUCUAUGUACAUGAUGUGAAACAUAACAUGUAAUUAUUCUUUACAAAUCAUUUCAAUAAUUUUAAAUAAUAUCAGAAGACAUUUUCAAAUUAUGCAUCACAAUUAUCUAACAUUUGUCAUCAUUAUAUUAUAUCAUUCUGUCAAUACAGGAAUUCAAU